CAUUUACGAAUUUGAUCACUAGCUAUACCCCUCUCCCCCAGAAAAUUCUACACCAGGCAAGUGCUAUAACUAAUUUCUAUAAAAUUCGAAAAAAUUUAAGCUCGAGUCGAGUCGUUGCAGAGAUGGAUAAAUCCGUGAUGGUGGUUGGAAUUGACGACAGCGAUCAUAGCCUUUACGCUUUGGAAUGGACUCUGAAACACUUCUUCUCGCCGGCGCCGGAAAAAUCACCUUUCAAACUUGUUAUUGUGCACGCCAAGCCUUCCGCCACGACCGCCGUCGGACUCACCGGACCUGGUGCUGCUGAGGUGCUACCUUACGUUGAGAGGGAUUUGAAGAUCAUUGCCUCAAGAGUUAUGGAAAAGUCCAAAGAAAUUUGUGCAGCUAAAUCGGUUAAAGAUGUGAUAAUGGAGGCUAUUGAGGGCGAUCCUAGGAAUGCUCUGUGCGACGCAGUGGACAAGCAUAAUGCCUCUGUGCUCGUUGUUGGCAGCCAUGGUUAUGGAGCUAUAAAGAGGGCUGUUUUAGGCAGUGUAAGCGACUAUUGCGCGCAUCAUGCCCACUGCUCGGUGAUGAUAGUGAAAAAGCCAAGGAAGAAUACUAAGUAAUGCAACUGCUAUUUCUAAGUGUUGUUGAAUGUUGAUGGUGCCUUUUUUUUUAAAUUUCUUGCUGUGUGGAUAUUCUUGUGCACUACAUAUGAUAUAAAUAAGCAAGAAUCAUGCCUGUAACGAAUUCAAGUACUUGGUUUGUAUGGUUUCAUCACAAUGACUGUGUGUACAUGUUUGAAUAGAAAACCCAAAAUUUGAUGCUUU